UUUCCCAUAGGUCUAGUUUCCAAGACUCUUUUUUGUUAGUCAUUUCCUGUACAAAGCCAAGAAUAGAUUACAACCAGAACCCUGAUACUAUCAAAUGCGAUGAAAUAGUUCCCCGUUUGCAAGCCUUGAGGACAGGACCUGCUUGGCUAACACAGAGAAAAGUGGUUUGUGAAAGGACCCGAGAAAGACCCCGUGCUGGACGCUGCACAGGCUCACCAAGGCAGGCUUCGGUCCAGUUUUCCAAGUGAUAAUUCCAGGAAAUCUCACAAAGAUCUCAUCAUGGAGGCAGCAGCUGGCGAGCGCGACGUGAUGUGAGUCUGCAGAGCGUCUGCUCCAGUGAAGUUAUCCAGGCUCUGAGAACAAAGAAGGUCAGACUUUUCUGGCUGUGUGAAGGGGAAGAAGCAGCAGCAGAGGUUUUGUAAUGAGCACGUUGUUCCCUACCAGCACUGCCAGCUGGAGCCAGCCUGGUGGGAUGGCAUACAACAGGAGUUGGCAUCACAGGCUGCUGAAGCAUGAGGACGAUGACUACAACUGGGCCGACUGUGAAGCUGCUCACUUGAGCACAGUCCCUGUCACGCUGCUCAUCUGCCUCUGCGGGUUGGUGGGGAACGGAGCCGUCCUCUGGUUUCUCAGCUCCCAUGUCCGCAGGAACCCCAUCACUGUCUACGUCUUAAGCCUGGCCGUCACCAACUUCACCUUCCUCCUCUCCAUCGCCAUUGCCAUUGUGAUAUUUUACAGCUCAGGGAGCUUUUGUCACAGGCUGGGCUCACAGGGUGUGACAGCUGUGUUGAACAUCACCAUCCUCUUCACUUUCACCGCCAGCGUCUUCCUCCUGACAGCCUUCAGUGCCAUGAUGUCUCUGUCCAUUCUCCUGCUGGCCCGCGGCUGCUGCCACCGCUCCUGGCGCUUGCCAGUGCUCGCAUGUGCCCUGCUCUGGGCCCUCUCCUUCCUGCUCACCAUGAUCGUCUACUUCUGCCCUGUGGUGCUCAUUGUCUUCGUCCUGAGCUACCUCUUAUGCGUGCUUACCCUGAUUUUUUCCGGUCUAUCCCUUCUUGCCGGGGUCUUGUGCUGUUCGUGGCAACAUCCCCCAAGGAAGCUCUGUGUUGUAGUCCUGCUAUCUGUCUUCUGCUUCCCCUUCUUCACUGCUGAUUUUGGUUACUGGCUCUUGCUAAGACUGUUUGAUUUUUCUGUUUUUGUCUUUGACGCCUCUCUCCCAUUCGCUUGUGUGAACAGCAGUAUCAACCCUGUUAUUUACUUCUUGGCCGGGAGCUGCGCAGAUAAGUUCACACUCUCUGUUAGGGUUGCUUUCCAGAGGGCUUUUGAAGACGUAACAGAGCCCCAAAAUAGAAGUGAAACUCCCAGAAAUAACACCAUGGAAACGGUUGUUUAAAUCUCUGCAGCCCCUUUCUGAGAAAAGAUGCCCUAGGGACGGAGACGUCCCAUGAGCCAGGGUAAGACAAGGACGAUGCCUUCAGUGCGGGUCUGCCAGCAGCUGAACGGAAUUAGCUGCAGCACAACAAAACGUGCUGGGUGGCACGGGAACUCCUGCCUGGGGUGGAAACUGGACGGCAUGACGAAAUACCCGUCGAAACCUUUGCUUUAAAUCUGUCCUAUACAACAGUUCUGAGCUUUCCCUGUCUCAAAAGUGAGCUUGCUCUACCCUGCGCACUAUUAAAACAGAGCCACGGGGGCUCUUAGCUCUUGUCAGUGGUUUGGGGUUUUUUUUGCUGUAUCUGCGUACGAGCAGAGCGCGGGUGGAUAAGAAAGCUUGGCACAGCAGGGUAGAAUGAUUCCUGGGCUAACCCUUGUGCCCAUCUCCAGAUGGACACGUGUAAGAAUAUGUGGAUACUUCACAUCCAGCUUUAUUAUCAGGCAAGUAGGCAUGUAUUUGGGAUCACCCCUGGAAGGCUUUCCCUGAAAUACAGUGCUUCUGCUGCAAACUGACUUUUGUCUGCACAUUACUUCGGUUGUCUGCAUACAAGGGUUUUUGACUGGAACUGCCUUUUGUGGCUCCUCCCACUUUUCUCCUGGCUGUCCGGAUGGUUGGCUUGAGCAAAUGUGAUUUCGCAACCAUGACCUGAGGUCUGGAUCCAUUUCUGGUGUGUCUGUUCCUUGUCUAGAAAAACAAGAGGAGUAGGGUUAAAAUAAAAAAAAAAAACCCAAAAGCACAGCCCUGCCUGAAGACUCUGUAAAGACCUGAUUGUCCAUGUGAAAGAGAAUACAGGGAGAGGGAAGGAAAACAAUGGACUUUUAACAGAAAAGACCCUGUUGAGUGCGUGAGGACUGAGUCCCUGUAGCCUGGCUCAGGCAUUCCCUGCAUAAAAGGGGUAGUGGCAGCACCUUCUCCGCUUCUCUCUUCCCUCUGUGUCUGUCAGCCCUUGCUAUCGAGGAGCUGGGGGAUACACCAGAUCUCAUUUGCCUGUGAAUUAAGCCACCACCAACCAUUGCUUUUGAGCCGAUUUUGUUUUGAUUGCUUUGUUUUGAUGCCCUGGUGUCUGGGACCCAAGAUGGUGUCGGAAGUUUCUCUGUCCUUUGGCUGGUCCCUCAGCCCAGAGCUACAUUCCACCGGACAGGCUGGAAUGAAAAUUGAUCAGUACAGGUGCAGAGCCAUGAUAACUAAACCCAUAAAACUCUCUGGUAAAAACAAGAAGCUCAGAUAGGUGGUGAGCUGCAGGCAAGGGAGAUCCUGGGAAGAAGGAAAAGCACAUGGGAGGAUCGUGGUCCUUCUGCACCUGCCUUGGGAGACACUCCCUGGAUGAUGGGAGCCCUUUCUGGACAACGGUUUGUAACUCCGGAAAUUUUUACUUUCCAAAGGACAAGUAAGUGGGAGAGAGGGGGAAAAAACCCCCUCUCUCAACCACAGAAGACUCCUGCCCUGUUCUGUAAAACAACUCUGUUA